AUGGGUCGUCGCCCAGCCCGCUGCUACCGUUACUGCAAGAACAAGCCCUACCCCAAGUCACGGUACAACCGUGGUGUCCCUGAUCCCAAAAUCAGGAUCUUCGACCUCGGCCGGAAACGUGCAUCCGUCGACGAGUUCCCCUUCUGCUGUCAUCUCGUCUCUGAUGAGUACGAGCAGCUGAGUUCCGAGGCGCUCGAAGCAGCCCGUAUCUGCGCCAACAAGUACGUCACCAAGACAUCUGGCAAGGAUUCGUUCCACAUGCGUGUCCGUGUGCACCCAUUCCACGUCAUCCGCAUCAACAAGAUGUUGAGUUGUGCUGGAGCUGAUAGGCUUCAGACUGGUAUGCGUGGUGCUUGGGGUAAGCCCUACGGCACUGUCGCCCGUGUCAACAUCGGCCAGAUCAUCCUCUCUAUCCGUUGCAAGGAGUCCAACGCUGCCGUUAUCCAGGAGGCUCUCCGCCGUGCACGAUACAAGUUCCCCGGACGCCAGAAAAUUAUUGUCUCGAAGAAGUGGGGUUUCACGAAUGUGGACCGUCAGGAUUACAUGAAGCUCAAGGAGGAUAAGAGAGUGUUACAGGAUGGAGCUUACGUACAGUUUAUUCGUGCUAGAGGCCCGCUGGAGCAGAACUUGCGUGCUCAGCUCAGAGCUUAG